AUGAAUACUUUACAGAACUUCACAAUCUUUAACAACUUGAAGAUUAUGAUUAUUAGUAAUGAUGGUUCCAAGAUUUUGAAAGAUGAAAUAAUAUCAAGAGUUGUUCAAAUUACAAAUAAAGAUCAACCAACAAAAGAAAAUAAUGUGAUCAGUAUAAACCCUUUAAGUAAUCAAUUUGAAAUUAAAUUGAAUCUAAAUAAAUUGAAUGGGUUACAAGGGAAAAUCUAUAUCAAAUUAAUGGGGAACAAUGAAGAAAUUUUCAAAGCUAUGGUUUAUCUUGUUAGUGAUGAUGAAAAGGAUGAAUCACAAGUCACUCCUGAGACCAAUGAAUUGAAAACUCAACAAGUCAACAACGAGUUUCAAGAUCCACAAUUUGAGUUCAUUAGUGAUGGUCCAGCUUUCAAAAACAGUUUGGUAGAAGCUGAAGAAAAGUUGAUUGGUUUUAGAAAUUUAGUGAAAAAUGUUAUCAAAAAAUCACAAGCUUUAGAGGAGUCUGAAAGGAACUUGGCCAUUACAAGAUCCAAUCUAUGCUCUUCAUUAUCUGACCUUAACAAUUUUUCUUCAAACAUUGAACAUCCCUCUUUGAAAGAUUUAAUCAACAAUAUGAUACCAAUUUUAACUGAAAAGUCAACACAAAACAUUAAUGAUGCAAAUUUGGUCCUGAAAAACUUAACAACACCGUUUUUACUUUAUUAUAAUUCAGAUAUAAAAUCUCUACCAAUCAAAAAGAAACUAUAUCAAAAUCAAUCAAAAGAUUUUUAUUCAUGGAUGUCAAACUUCAAUAAUAAUCCUCAAAAUGAACAACUUCAACAGCAACAACAUUUUGAGAAAAGAUUGAAUUUUGAGAAAGAAAGAUUAGACUACUUCAAUUUUUUAAAUGAGUACAGAAAUGGUUAUUUGAUUAGAAAUUUAAUUCAUAAUCUUGCUAUUCUUUAUCAAAAAAUCACAAAUGUUUCAAGUCAUGAUGAGACAAUUUCUAAAGCUUUUUUUUAUUAUGAAAAUUUUGCAAAUUAUCAAAAAGAUCAAUCACAUUUCAGAUCAAAAUUAUUAUCAGUUUCAGAUUAUCAAGAGUUAUCUCAAUUAAUCUCUACACCAACCCCUUUGACAAGUUCGUCCACCAUUUCAAGUCGUCCAAAACCAAUCUCUAAGGAUUCUUCAAAGGUUUUCAAAGAUGGUAUGAUAUAUUCAUUAGGUGGUAAGCCGGAGAAGAGUGGAUGGAAUAAACAUUAUGUUGUUUUGAAUAAUAAUAUUCUAAGUGAAUUUGAUAUCAAUGAAGCUACUCAUGUGAAGGUUCCUAGAUCUGACCCUUUGGAUUUAACAUUUUCAUGUAUCAAGAAAAUUGAUAAUAUUUCAAAAAGAAAAUAUUGUUUUGAAAUCAUAACCCCAUUAAAUUUGAAGAAAAUUUAUCAAGCUGAGUCGGAACAAGAAAGAGAAUCUUGGCUUAAGAGUUUGAAUGUUGCAAUUGCAUUGAAAGCUUCUCAAAAUAAUCAGUUCACUAGGCCAAAAUCAAUUCAAAGAUCAAUGAGUUCAGUAUCAAGAUCCAAAGAUGAUGCCAAUUUGUUGAUGAAUAAGAAUAAAAGAAGCUCGUCUUAUAGAAAAUCUUCUUAUAAUCCACCAAGCUCUUCAGAAAAUUUAUCAUCAUCUACACCUUUGGAAGUUGUACAAGAUGUUGAUCAAAGUAAUAAUGCUUGUUGUGAUUGUGGGUCAAUUAAAAAUGUUGAUUGGAUUUCAAUAAAUUUGUUAAUUGUGGUUUGUAUUGAUUGUUCGGGUGUUCAUAGAUCAAUGGGCACUCAUAUUUCCAAAAUUAGAUCUUUAACUUUAGAUACUAAAUCAUUUCAAUCCAAAGAAGCACUUGAAUUGUUAUAUCAUGUCUCAAAUAAUUUUGCAAAUUCAUAUUGGGAAGGGACCAUCUUAAUCAAAGACAAGAUUACACCAUUGAGUAGUGCUGGGCAAAGAAGAUCAUUCAUUCUGGAUAAAUACCAGAACAGAAAAUUUCUGCUCAAAGAACCCAAUUUUAAACCAAAUGAUGGAUUAAUUAAAGGUAUACAUACUUCAAAUAUUCCAUUGAUUUUGAAGUCGUUAGCAAUGGGUGCUAAUGUUAAGAUGACAGUUAUCAAAGCAUUAGGUUCGAAUAAAGUUGAGUUAUCAUUAUUUGAAUACUCAUUAACCAGGUUCCAUGGAAAUCAGGAUGAUCCUAUUUUUGAUGUAUCUACAAUUCUAUUAUUAAACAAUACUCCAUGUGGUGAAAAGAUUUCAACCAAUUUACCUUUAGGUCCAAAGCAACUUGAAUUUUGGAAAUCAAAAAUUGAUCAAUAUCAUUCUUCACCAAUAACGACACAACCACAAUCAACAAUACCAAAUAAACCAACAGCAGCAAAUUCUUCUUCAUCAAUGUCAAGAUCAAGAUCAAUUAGAAAAAGCUUAAGCUUAAAACAUAUUACAGACAAAGGGGAAAAGAAGGAGAAACAACCAAAAGAUAGAACUAAUAGAACAAGCAGACUCAGAUUCCCCAAAUUGAAAUGA